AGAUAGUUUCCGAUUCUAUUUGCGCGAUCGCCAAACUGUUACAUGUAGAGACGGACCCCAGUUCGCGGCAAGAUGGCUGACCCGAAUCCAAAUAAUCCGAUCGUUUUCUUCGAUAUUCAAAUAGGUGGUACUGAUGCAGGAAGGAUCACUUUUGAACUGUUUGCCGAUACAGUUCCUAGAACUGCUGAAAAUUUCAGGCAAUUCUGCACUGGUGAGUACAGGAGAGAUGGUGUUCCUAUCGGGUACAAGAAUACCACUUUCCACAGAGUCAUUAAAGACUUCAUGAUUCAAGGUGGAGAUUUUGUGAAGGGAGAUGGUACUGGCUUGAUGAGCAUCUAUGGAGGGGCAUUUGCUGACGAGAACUUCAGACUAAAGCACGGGUCAGCUGGAAUACUUAGCAUGGCUAACAGUGGUAAAGAUACAAAUGGAUGUCAGUUUUUCAUCACAUGUUCAAAGUGUGACUUUCUGGAUGGGAAGCAUGUUGUGUUUGGGAAGAUCGCUGAUGGACACUUGGUGAUGAGGAAGAUAGAGAACGUGCCGACAGGACCAAACAAUAAGCCCAAACUGCCAAUUACUGUGUCACAGUGUGGAGAAAUGUGAUAUAUCAUGGAUUGUGGACAAGAAUUUGCUCCGUAUCAUUCAACCACGUCAUUGGACAGAAUGCAAUGGUCAACUCACAAAUGUUUUACAUGGAGUAGCUUGUAUGGAGAUUCUUCCAUUGCACAAUUGGCCUGCAUCUAAGGUGCUGCAAUUCACUAUGCAGAGUUGCCUCCCUUUGGUGUGCCAGGAACUUAUGAUUAAGGUUUCGAAUCAAAUUCUGUUUCUUGGUUUGUCAGCACCGUACCCGAGAUAAACGUUUCAAACCUGCAUCACUUCAGGAUUACUUCCAAUUGAAAGCUGGCAUGCCUUAAUAUUACGGAGUUCAUAGUGUGUUAACUCAAUCACUCCCUCUAUUGCUGUCUCUGUGGAAGUGACUUUUACAAUAAUUUGUUAUCACACCAUUGCUGUGUAUUUGGAUUCUUUUUGAUGACUUGUAAAAAUAUGAGUUGAACUGAUAAUGGUUGAAACACUCAAAUAAAAUUUAAGGAGCUGUUAUAAUCUUAAUGAACAUCCUGGAGAGGUAAAUAUACUCAUUCCUUUAUGACUGCCAUAAGGUUACCAUGGUUACACAUGCCAUAUGUAUAUUUGUCAUUUCUCAUGUCAUCCCUUGGGGUCAAUACAUUUUUUU